GUUGCAAGCUUGUUGAAAUUUGUGUUUGAGAAGCAUGCUAGGAGUACCAUGAUAUUAAGAACAAAAUACAAAAUUUAGCAAAGCUGAAUUUCCUAGCUAGAUAAAAUGUCCCUGCCUGAUCAUUGUGUCCGUAUGCAAAAUGUAUGUAGUUCACAAUCAGUUUCUAUUUUUUGAUUUAUUGUGGAAUUUCACAAUGUUUGUCAAAACAUGUAAAUCGGUAUCCCGGAUAAUUACAGAAAGAAGUCCCAUGUUCUGUUAUGAUUUACUUUCAUGAUUGUUUGGGGGCCUGUAGGCCAUUAUGAUGUUGUUUUUUGUAAAACUAUUAUUUUUCCUUCAGAUGUUUGCAAUCAUUUCUGACCUACUGUAACUACAAAACAAUUUUGGGCCCAAAAAUAACAUGUUGAAUACAAAACCAAACAGACAACUAGUAAUGGUACAGUUUGAGAACCAAUAAGGUAAUAUUAUUCUUAAUGUUCAUUGCAUUUAUUGCAAUUGUCUUUUUUUUACUCUCAAUGUGGUCAUAAAAUGCAUCAUUAAUUACUUAAGUGUUACCUAGUCACUGUGCAGGAACUACUAGUGAUCAGGACCAUUAUUUUAAAGUGAAAAACAUCUUUUUCACUUUAAAAUAAUGGUUAAGAUCACUAGUAGUUCUUGAAGAUUGUCCUUUUUUUACUCUCAACGUGGUCAUAAAAUGCAUCACUAAUUACUCAAGUACCUAGUCAUUCUUCAAGAACUAGUGAUCUGGACCAUUAUUUUAAAGUGAAAAAGAUGUGUUUCACAUGGUCCUGAUCACUAGUAGUUCCUGCAUAGUGACUAGGUAACACUUGAAUAAUUAGUGAUGCAUUUUAUGACUAUAUUCAGAGUAAAAAUGAUGACUGAUUACGUCUCAGACACAUGCUAAUGUUCUUUACAAUUUGUCCGUUAGUUAAUGGUUAUUAAUGAUGGUAAUUUCAUUAGGUAAUUAUCGAUUAGCUAAUAAGAAACUAUCUUCUUAAUUUGAUAUUACUUACUGAUUAUUUAAGCUUGUUUUUAUAUUAGUUAAUAGUAGCUGAAGUGUUAGUACUACUCAUUAGUCCUGCAUUACUUCCUGCAUAGUUACUUAUUAAUUACGGACCAUUAUUCUAAAGUGUUUCCGAAUUUGCGAUGGACAUUUUGAAAGUUGUCAUUUAGUUUAUAAUUAUUUGUCAUUAAAUUCAAGUGUAAGUAAAAAGUCUGCUUGAUAUUUUAAUGCUAAGUGUUUUGGGGGCUGUUAAAAGGGGGAAUGGGGUCUCUCAGUGUAAUUCGUCAAAGGUUUGCCAGAUGUGACGUUAGUUCAUGUUUCCUGGUGUGUAUUGGUUGAGGGUAAAGUAAACAUGUGAAUCUAGUGGCGUGGUCUGAGUACUCACUCAGUGUUGCAGUGAGUCAGGGACCAGACACACAUCUACCAUGCUGCAACUGAAAUGGGUACGGUAUUCUCCGUUAUGUAUCUUCUCUCGCGGCUCACUGUGUGUGAGGCUUAUGUGGUCAGGCGGUCCGACAAAGCAGGAUCAUCAGAUGAGUCUUUCUCUGGAUUUCUCUCUGACCAUCCUUUUAACAGCCUAUCAGGUUCCUGCAAAAACAGGUGCUUUGAAUUAGUGGAAGCAGAACCGCCAAACUGUCGCUGUGACAACCUGUGUAAAACAUAUGAUACGUGUUGCUCAGACUUUGAUGAGCACUGCCUGAAAACAGCGGGAGGUUUUGAGUGCAGUAAAGAACGCUGUGGUGAAACUCGUAAUGAGCAGCAUGCCUGUCACUGCUCAGAGGACUGCAUGGCCAAAGGAGACUGCUGCACUAACUACAGGUCUCUCUGCAAAGGUGAUGUUCCCUGGUUACAGGAAGAGUGUGAAGAGAUUAAAAACCACGAGUGUCCUUCCGGGUUUGUUCGGCCCCCUGUCAUCAUGUUGUCUGUUGAUGGAUUUCGUGCAUCUUACACGAACAGAGGAAGCACAGUGAUCCCCAAUAUCGAGAAACUCAGAUCAUGUGGAACCCAUGCACCAUACAUGAGACCUAUGUACCCCACCAAAACCUACCCGAAUUUGUAUACAAUUGCAACGGGGCUUUAUCCUGAGUCACAUGGAAUUGUGGGUAAUUCCAUGCAUGACCCUGGCUUUGAUGCUAACUUUAACUUCCGUGGGAAAGAAAAGCUCAACCAUCGAUGGUGGGGAGGACAACCUAUCUGGAUAACAGCAGUGAAACAGGGAGUAAAGGCUGGUACGUUUUUCUGGCCAGUUGGCAUUCCAUUGGAAAGAAGAGUUCUGACUAUGUUGCAAUGGCUUCACCUUCCUGAUGCGGAGAGGCCAUAUGUUUAUGCAAUGCAUUCUGAACAGCUAGAUACCUAUGGCCACAAACUAGGACCCCAUAGCACCGAGCUUGAUGGUGCACUGAGGGAGAUUGAUAAGGUGAUUGGUCAGCUGAUGAAUGGCCUGAAACAGAUGAAACUGCACCAUUGUGUCAAUAUCAUCUUGGUUGGAGACCAUGGCAUGGAGGAAGCUCAUUGUGACCACACAGAGUUCCUUAGCUCUUACAUGUCCAACACAGAGGACAUCAUCCUAAUUCCUGGCUCUCUGGGAAGAAUCAGAGCCCGAAAUCCAAACAACUCUAAAUAUGAUGCAAAAGCAGUUGUAGCAAACCUUACAUGUAAAAAGCCAGACCAGCACUUCAAACCAUACUUGAAGCAGCACCUUCCCAAACGAUUGCACUAUGCCAACAACCACAGAAUCGAGGAGAUUCACUUGAUGGUUGAGAGGAAAUGGCACAUUGCACGAAAGUUCUAUGAAACAAAGAGGAAUCAUGGCAAAUGUGGGUUUGCUGGUGAUCAUGGAUAUGACAAUAAGAUCAACAGCAUGCAGACUAUUUUCCUUGGAUAUGGACCAGCUUUUAAAUUCAAGACAAAAAUCCCACCGUUUGAGAAUAUUGAGCUUUACAAUGUCAUGUGUGAUCUCCUUGGCUUGAAGCCAGCCCCUAACAAUGGUACCCAUGGUAGCCUUAACCAGCUCCUAAGGACCCCUGUAUACACACCCAGCAUGCCUGAAGAAGUGUCCAAGCCAAACCCUGCAGGACUAGUCACAGCUAUUAAUGAUGAUCUGGGCUGCACCUGUGAAGACAAGUUGCGUUCAAAAAGUAGGGGGCAGAGGGCAUUGAAAGUGGCCCUUAUAAGAGGCUAUAACCUGGAGUCACUGUGGCUCUGUCUGUUACAGAACAAAGUGGAAGAGCUCAAUCAACGACUGAGACAAGUUAUUGAUGACAACAAGAAUCUUCCUUAUGGUCGUCCAGCGGUCAUGUUCCGCACCAAAUACUUCAUCCUUCAUCAUAGUGACUACGUUAGCGGCUACAGUGAAGCUUUGUCUAUGCCACUCUGGACAUCUUAUACUGUAUCUAAGCAGGUAGAUUUCACCCCUCUGAUUGAGGCUCUGAGUAACUGUGUUCGGCCUGAUAUUAGAGUUCCUUCAGCCUACAGUCAGUCCUGCUCAAGCUACCAUGCAGACAAACAGAUCUCCUACAGCUUCCUCUAUCCACCUCAGCUUUCCUCCACUCUGGAACCGAGAUAUGAUGCUGUUCUCAUUACCAAUACUGUACCAAUGUAUCCAGCAUUCAAACGUGUGUGGGGUUAUUUCCAGAAAUCACUUGUUAAACGUUAUGCUAGUGAGAGAAAUGGAGUGAAUGUGGUCGUCGGGCCCGUCUUCGACUAUGACUACAAUGGUCUUAGAGAUUCAGCAGAGACAGUAAAACAGUAAGUUGUCUUCUAAUACUUAUCAAGUAUACAUUACCUUCAUUCAUUUAAGUGCACA